CCUGCCAGUGAAGGGAUGUAAGUGCGUGUGUCUGAACGGCUUUACCAUGUGAAAAGAAGAAAACAACGGAAUAACCUCAAUAUUUCUGACCAACAACCCGCUUUUGACACCCUUUGAGACGACUUGCGGGAAAGACAGAAGUUGGCCUGUUCGCUCCAGAGGCCUGAGUGCCAUGCCAGAGGGGUCCCAUUCUGCUCUUCACCAGGGCCCAAUGGGGGAAGAGUCUCCUCAGCUGUCCUCGUCCCUUUCCAGUAGUGAACAUGACCAGGCAAACACUGACUUGGGCCCAGACUGUUACAGCCGGAUAUGUAUGGAGCCACUGGACAGGGAGAGUGAGCGUCCAGUGAGCCUGGUGUCCACCCUGUCCUCAGGUUCAUCCCGUGACAGUCACAGUCUUUUUGGGAGCACCGUGGCCCUUCCUUCCUCCACCACCCCACCCAUACCGAGCGAGGAGGACAUAGACUUGGAGCUGAGCCCAGCCCAAUGCACUGGAGACCAGGCCAGGGACCAGAGUCCGUCCCUAUCAGGCUCUAGGGGCCAUUGGAGAGAACAGGUAGAAGGCCGGUUGAUCAGCAGCCAGUGGAACAACAACAACGCCAUCACCAACAGGAAGGUAAAAGGGGAUAUACGUCAUAUCCCUGCCUCACCCGUGGUCACAGACGCCAUGGCACCCAACCCCAAGUUGACCUAUGUGGACCGUGUUGUCAUGGAGAUCAUUGAGACAGAGCGCAUGUACGUCAAGGACCUGCGCAGCAUCGUUGAGGAUUAUUUGGCUCAUAUCAUUGACUUGAGCGCUCUUCCCAUUCGGCCAGAGCAGGUGUGUGCCCUGUUUGGAAACAUAGAGGACAUCUAUGAGUUUAACAGCGAACUACUGCAGUCCCUGGAUAUGUGUAAGAGUGAUCCAGUGGCCAUUGCUAGAUGCUUUGUUGACAAGAGUGAGUACUUUGAAAUCUACACACAGUAUUGCACCAACUAUCCCAACUCAGUGGCAGCACUGACUGACUGCAUGAGGAGUAAAACUUUGGCAAAGUUCUUUAGGGAUCGUCAGGCUGCGCUGAAGCGUUCCCUCCCCUUGGGCUCCUAUCUUCUUAAGCCAGUCCAGAGGAUCCUGAAGUACCACCUGCUCCUUCAGGAAAUUGCAAAGCACUUUGACCCAGACGAGGAGGGCUAUGAGGUGGUUCAGGAGGCCAUAGACACCAUGACAGGAGUGGCCUGGUACAUAAAUGACAUGAAGAGGAAACAUGAGCAUGCAGUCAGAGUGCAGGAGAUACAGUCUCUUCUGAUCAACUGGAAGGGUCCUGACCUGACCACCUAUGGAGAGCUGGUGCUGGAGGGCACUUUUCAUGUCCUUCGGGCCAAGAACACUCGCACGCUGUUCCUUUUUGAAAAGAUGCUCCUUAUUACCAAGAAAAGAGGGGAACACUAUGUCUACAAGGUUCACAUCUCGUGCUCCACCUUAAUGCUGCUUGACAGUGCCAAGGAUCCCCUCCUCUUCAGUGUUAUCCAUUUCAAGCAUCCCAAGCAGCCCCAUACAGUCCAGGCCAAGUCUGUAGAAGAGAAGCGUCUCUGGGCCCAUCAUAUUAAGAGGCUCAUUCUCGAGAAUCACAACGCCAUUGUUCCACCAAAGGCAAAAGAAGCACUCUUGGACAAUUCUAACUUUCCAGGAAAGUACCACUACAGUCCUGAGAGGAUGAAGAAGUCCUAUCUUGCUGAGGACUUUAAUCUUGGAGCAAGAAAGGGCCGAAGGAGAUCAGAGCCUGCAAAACAAAUCCUAAGGAGCACAAAAGCUGUAUUGAAGCAUGCAGACAGUGAAGGUGCACUGCAGGAUAGGUGCUCCCUUCUGCCAGCCACUAGUGUCAGUACGCUGGCCUCCAGUCUAGGCGAGCCCCAGGCUGAGAGGCCAUGUAUGGAGGAUCUAAUUUCCACAAUGGACUCUCUGGAGCAGCUAAGUCCCACUGACAGUGACCUGAAACUGGGCUCUUCACCCAGUGAGAGGGGAGUGGAGCCGGAGAAGGCAGAGGAGGUGGAGGAGGGGGAGAGUUACAAGGAAGAUAUACUGAUGGGAGAUGACCAGGUAGCCGACUUUGCAAGCUCCGUGCUGGCAGCCAUCUCCUGCUGGCACUAUAGAGCCAGGGCUUUGCUUUCUACUCACUUCACAACGGAUGACCAGAACGGAGAUGCAGCAGAUCUGAAAAUGACAACAAUAGAGGAUACUCACAGCCAGGAGGGGAAAAAUGAGGAUGUUGCUGUGAAAGAAAUUCACACCACUCAGGUCAGUGUGGAGGAGCUGUGCCCACCAGACUGUGUCUCUGAAGCAAAGAGCAAUGAUCAGCUGGAGGAGAUUAACCUCCAGAGCCCUGAGUCUUCCAUCUCCUCUUUACAUCAGGAGGCCAACACCACAGAAACUCUGGAUACUUCUAGAGAGACCAGAGAAGAAGAGGAAGAAGUAGGGAGCGAUUCCUCAAGUCUCCAAGUAGAGGAGACAAGUGUUCUGACGAAUGGGGAGAUGUCAGACGAGGAAGAGGAGGCAGUGACAGACAGUAAAAGCAUCCUUCCAUCUUCUGUGUUGGACCAAGCAAGUGUAAUUGCUGAGUGUUUCAUCAGCAACCUGUCUAGGAGGAGCAGUCUGGUUUCAGAGGACUUGGAUUCCUUAGUGUGCCCCUCAUCCUCCACAGAUAACGACAUUUUCCAAAACUCGUCAGCGAGUGUGGACCUAGAGACAAACAUUGAAGUGUUUGCCAGCUCCCCAGAGCCAAAGGUGAUGUCACAUGAACCUCCCCUGAAUACCUUGAUUCAAGAGGAAUGCCGGUCGACUCUCUCUAAACAGGAUCGCAUCCUCAUCCAUAAGAUCAGAAGAUAUUAUGAGCAUGCUGAACACCAGGAUGCAAACUUCAGCAUCAAGCGCAGGGAAAGUCUGUCCUAUAUCCCAGCAGGUCUGGUCCGACACCUGAGCCGACAGCUGAACAGUACUCCACAGCAGCAGGCAGUCCCAGGACACCGGAAAGGUCUUUGUCAUAACCGGCCCACCUCCUGGUCUGUGUUUGACCUCCCUGGCUUAGAUAAGAGUCAGAACACCCAGAAAGAAACUGAACCAAUCACAUCAGAGCCCAGCAGUGAUAGUUUUCAGAGCAACAUGGAUACAUCUACAACCAAUGAAGUGUUCAGACCUUCAUCAGACAUGCUCAAGGUCUGGGAAGACAUGGAAAUAAAAGAGGAAAGCAAGGAUGUCCAGCAGAUCACUGAGGACACACCUUAUGAUUCAAGUUUACAAACAACACAGGACAGUAGUUCAGAAACCUCUGAAGUAAAAACCACUGAGCAACAGCUUCAGAUGGUAGAAGAGUCAGUGGUGAGCACUGAGUCUGAUGGCUGCUCUGUUUCAUCACCAAAUACAACGUCUCCAGCAGUGGAUGGUGGAUCUGACCAGGACUCUAAACCACAGAGGAGCCAGCUCACCCAUUUACCCAAGAUCAUUAGUUUCCGAGCAAGUAUGGAAGAGGACCAGAUCCUUCAAGAUAUGGGAAAGAUGAAAAACAAGGUGUUCCAGUUGGCACGCCAGUACAGCCAGCGCAUCAAAAACAACAGGCCAAUGGUCUGGCAGAAGCACAGAGAGAUGGCAAAUCAACAAGCUUUCAGGAACAUGCCUGCAGUCCACGAGGACAGGACACCUUUGAGGAAAAAGGGUAAACCCAGCCUAAGGUUGGCCUUGAACACUUGCAGUCAGGCAGUCAUCCAUGAAGUGAGUUCUCCAAGCCCAGUCCAGACGCCCAGCUCGGACCUCAGCUCCCACAGUAUAGUUACCUCCCCACAGAGUCCACAGUCAGAGACCUUCCACUGGCCUGAUGUACAGGAGCUGCGUUCCAAAUACACACCGCCAAGUGUGGACACGGAGGGGUCCAACUCCUCCAGAGUAGCUCAUAAUUGCACAGUCCCAAAUGGGACACUAGAGAGCUGUAUGAACAGAGGUAAAGGUGGCUCACAAAGGUGUAGCAGCUCCUCGGACCUUCACAAAGCUCUCACAGAUUGUUCAAGGUCUCUGUCUGUACCACUGCAGAAGGUGAGCAAAUGUGGGGGAGAGGACUGGCCUCAGACUCAGCUGCCAGCUGUGCUAUGUAGGUGGAGCUCCUUAGACCACAUGCUUGGGUCUUAUCCCCUACAUGAGGUACAGAACCUCCAAGAACCUGUGAGGACUUAUCACACAUCCAGUCAAGUGUCUCUGACAACAAGAGAAACUGGUCAAGUCCACGAUCCAGACCACCUCCAUGAGGGUGUAGACUGUACCACAAAGUCUGCUCUUCUAAGUUCAGGGAAAAUGACUGAAAGUAACCUGGUGAAGAGCUUACGGGAGAAGUUUCAAAGCUUGAGUACAAGCUCAUAAAACCCCAAAUCAUUUGAAAUGUGUCAGCUUUUACUCCGAGCACCUGUCACAUAUGAACCAGAUCAUCCUCACCCCAUCCUAAUGCCUCUUUCCUUGCAGGAAAAUAUUAGUUGGACUGUUAAUUGUUUUCAGUGUAUGUGACACUGGGUGAUGUUUAUGUUGUUUAGUACAAGUGUUGAAAUGAAUAUAAUUGGUCAGUGGUUAUAAUUAUGAGGGAAGAGAAUACAGCUGAAAAGGUGUUUUGCAAUAUUUGUACAUUUGGGUAUUUGUCUGCACUGUAAAAUACAGGACUCAAGUAAAAUGUAUAAACUAUAACACCAUUAUUGGAACUAUUAAAAGUCCUGGACUUUCCAAGGAGAAACAAAAUGAACGGUAAAUACAGACGUGUAUUGUGUCCAGCCUCUCCCACUGUUUACCCCGACCACACACACCAAAGACCGUCUCUCGGAUCCACAUGUUGACAGACUGAUCACAGCAGCAGGGUGCUUCCACAUCUGCAGUAAUGUCACUGGAGCUUUAUUUUCCUCUUGUACAUUUUCCUGACCACUAUUUAUGAAACUGUAUAUUUGGGGGAGUUGGGCCUCAUGUAAAUAAUGCUCAAUAGCCUUUUUACCUUUCCAUUCCAGAAAAUAUAUUGUUUCCUACUUGAAGUUUCCCAUAUUUUCAAUAAAAACACAGAUGUUA